AUGAAUCAGAAAAUUAGUGUUUUGACACCAGAACCGAUUAAGCUGGUCGAAGAUGAUGGUGUAGAUGAGGCUACGAGCUCGGAAAAUGAAUGGAAAUCUUCCUUUCAAAGGGUCUAUGUAAGUGAUUGCACCAUAGUGAAUGGUGAAAACGGUACCAAAUUUGCUGUUUGGAAAGUAACUAUGAUCUUGCAAAAUAGCCAGGAAAAUACUGCUUGUUGUUCCAGUGUUGUAACGUAUAUGAGAUAUACAGAUUUUGCAAAUUUCAGAGAUGUACUUCUGCAAAGAGCGCCAUCACAGCACACUGAGAUACCAAAUUUGCCUCCAAAGGUGAAAUGGUACGAUGCAUGGAGACACCAGGAUGUUAAUCUGAACAAGAACUGGUUAGCUAGAAGGAGACAGGGCCUCGAGUUUUUUUUAAAUCAUGUAAUGCUGAAUAGAGAUUUAUUUGACAUCGCCAAAGAGUUGAUACUAGAGUUUAUGGACAAGAAGGGUUCCGAAGAUCACUGA